AUGUCGUGUUUAGUGCAUCAUAAAUGCUUUCGUUCCUCAUUUCACAGUGUUAUUAAUGAACUUCGAAAUGAGGCUCGUACACCAGUAUCAAUUUUACAGACGAUGCCGCGUCAAUGUUGCAAAUGCAACGAUGAAAAUCAACAAACAGUAGAACUUGCGGUUAUGAAAGAGCAGAAUGAAUUGCCGAAAUUAAAACAACUUAUCGAACGGAUAAAUCGAGAAAAACAAACUAAUCCAAAAUUAGUUUUAUCAUUGAAUCUACUAAUUAGUUUUAUUGAAAAAAAUCGAAGUCCUACUCUAGUGUCAUCAAAACAAAGUAGUUCAUCAUCGAGCAAUAACGAUUCUUCAGCAGGUUCAAAAGAUAACAGUCCCAUGAACGUAUCGAGACCAAUAUCUACACGUGGAGGAAAACCUGGAAGACAAACCUGCAAACCUAGUAGAAAAACGCCAGAAUCAUUGGAAAAAAUAAAAAGUGGAACAUUUGUUUUUUUGCCAUACGUUGGCCAAGUUAAGAAACAAGAAAAACGUAAAAGUUAUUACGAAAUAUUAGCUAAUCACUUGCAACUUCAACGAUUUAUAAGUCGUAAUGGUCAUAUUCCUGAAUUAGAAAAUCAGUAUGGCGUUCGUAUUAACAUAAUUACAAAAAAAACAAGAAGAAACGUUACUCAAGCACUUGAUAAUGCUAUGAAGGGUUUUGAAAAUCUUAAAAUUCAUAAUCAUCUGGAAACUAUAGAAAAUGCACAACAAAAAUUGGGUGAAUGGGUUCUUAUACGCUCAAAAAAACCACAGAAGGAAACCAAAUCAGCUAGUGUUCAGCAAGCAUUAGAAGAUCUAAUGAAUCGAUGGGAAAGUUGUUUAAAAGUCGAAAAACGUGAACGUGAUGAUGACUCUGAUUCUGGCAAAGAAGUUCCAAAAAAGAAAUAA